AUGUGGUCAUUUUUUUCUCGCGACCCUUCUAAAGAUUUCAAUUUUGAAAUAGGAGAGUUAGUGCCAAGUUUAGAAGAUAAAAGUGUGUGGAAUCUGCAUAAAGGAAAAAAGAAGGGAACUAAUGAGGAGGUGUCCGUAUUUGUAUUCGAUUUAAAAAGUAAUCAAGAAUCACAGCUAGAAGUAGUAAAAGCAGCUGUAAAAAGAUUAAAAACUUUAAGACACCCCAGUGUGUUAACUUACUUAGAUAGCUUGGAAUCAGAAAAAGUUUUAUAUUUAGCUACUGAACAAGUAGACCCAUUGAAGGAGCACCUUGAGAAAUUGCCAUUAGAAACACCACAAAGAGAACUGUAUAUUGCUUGGGGUAUAUUUCAAAUUACUAGAGCUUUAUCAUUUUUAAAUAAUGAUGGCAAUUUACGCCACAAUAAUGUUACUAUUUGGUCAGUUUUUGUAAACUCUUCUGGAGAAUGGAAGUUGGGUGGUGUAGAAUAUGUGUCUCCAACAACAGAUACAAGUUUGCCAUAUAGAGUAAUACCUAGCUUGGAUGUGUAUAGUCCUCCAGAAAAAAAUGACCCAGCUAAACAAAAAUCUAUGACAAAAUGUUCCAGUGAUAUGUGGGGUUUAGGUUGCCUGAUUUGGGAAGUCUUCAAUGGGCCCCUUUAUCAACAGUCAUUGUUACGAAAUCCUGACAAGAUACCCAAACAAUUAGGUCCAUUAUAUUUUGAAUUAUUAAACACAAACCCUGGAUCAAGGCCUAAUCCAGCUGAUGUAAUCACUAGGUGUAGAAAGCUGGGAGGUUAUUUCAAAAAUGACCUAGUUGACACAUUGCUCUUCCUCGAAGAAAUCCAAAUAAAAGAUAAAAACGAGAAAAAUCGGUUUUUCUCUAAUUUAACUCCACAUCUGGAUAAUUUUCCAGAUAAUGUUUGUAAACAUAAGAUAUUGCCACAACUGAUAACUGCCUUUGAGUAUGGAGAUGCAGGGUCUGCAGUGCUGGCACCCAUGUUUAAGCUUGGACGCUUGCUUGAUGAAGCAGAAUAUCAAAAAAAGAUAGUACCAUGUGUAGUAAAAUUGUUUGGCAGUAAUGAUAGAGCAACAAGAUCAAGACUUUUACAACAGCUGGAACAUUUUAUAGGACAUCUACAGUCAAGUACAGUCAACGAUCAAAUUUUUCCACAAGUUGCUCAUGGAUUUAUGGAUACAAAUCCCACAAUUAGAGAACAGACUGUUAAAUCUGUGAUACACCUAGCACCUAAAUUAAGUUAUAAUAACCUAAAUGUGGAAGUGCUACGACACUUUGCUAGACUACAAGCGAAAGAUGAUCAGGGUGGUAUACGAACAAAUACUACUGUGUGCCUAGGUAAAAUAGCUCAACAUUUGCAUCCACAAAUAAGGCAGAAAGUUCUUAUUUCUGCUUUUACAAGAGCCAUGAGAGAUCCUUUUCCUCCAGCAAGAAAUGCAGGUGUGUUAGCUUUAGCAGCCACCCAACAAUACUAUCUCUUGUCUGAAGUAUCAUCUCGAAUACUGCCAGCGCUAUGUCAAACGACAAUGGAUCCCGAAAAAGUUGUUAGAGAUUCAGUUUUUCGCACUAUUAAAGGUUUUCUAGGAAAAUUAGAAAAGGUAUCUGAAGAUCCAAGUUUAAGAGAAAGUAUGGAGGCUGACGUUAAUACCGCUACACCUAGUUUAAGUAAUGCAGCUGCUACAUGGGCUGGUUGGGCUGUCACUGCUGUUACUGCUAAGUUUUAUAGAAGCCAGUCGGAUACAGUCAAAUCCAUGAACCCCAUUGGAGCUAAGAUGCUUAGCAAACCUGGAUCUUUAGAACAACCUUCAAGUAGCAGUAUAUCUACAACCACAUCAAGUGUUACUUCAAUGACAUCUCUUGAACAUGAAGAUGGUAGCCGCGGCAACGAGUCUGUUUCUGAUUAUGACUAUAAUCAUUGGGAUGAUAACGAUAAUUGGGGAGACAUGGAGACUGGCGGACAGAUGGCAAGUAGCAGUGGUAGCGGAUGUGCUGGUAGUAGUGACCCCAUAAGUCCCCCUUCUGGAUCCGGUCCAGCCACAAAAGUUACUGACGGCUGGGAAAAUGAAGAAUGGGGUAGUCUAGAUGAAGAACCAGAACAAGAAGUUGAACUAACAUCUCCCUCUGAAGCCUGGAGCCCCGCAGGAGACACUGCUCCCAUUCUUCCAGACCACAAAACCAACAGUACUUGGUCGCAGUCUCACAUAAACCACAGACACAAUCAAUCAGGCCAUAAUUGGGAUGACCCCGAAUUUGAACCAUUAGAAGAAAAUCCUGGAUUAACAAAUCCAAAACUCGAAGAAGCUAGGAAAAAACGAGAAGAAAGGAAAUUAAUGAGACAGAAGGAAUUAGAAGCUAGAAGGUCUAGCAGAACCUCGACAACAGGAGGGCCUAUGAAAUUGGGAGCAAAAAAAUUAUAA